GCUUUACAGCAAUGUUUUUCGGCUAGUGUAAUCUUGGACAAUGUUACUACGAGGCAUCAAAGCUCGCUUCAGAUUGAAAAAUGCGGGGACUCGCCUUAUGCCACACGACGUACCGCCGUCUCCGAUCUAUGAAGACACUGUUUUGUCCGCAGAAGGAAAGGCGUUGAAACAGAUAUCGGACGUGACACAAGAAUUAUGUGAAAUAUUCAAACGAGUUAGCGUCACCGAUUUCUUGAAGAAGGAUGCGAAGGAAGCCCGAGAACAAGAUGUCAAUAGCAUGUGGUUCCACGGCAAAAUCACACGAGAUACUGCCAAUCACCUGCUGGAAACCAACGGGAAUUCCGAGGGACUUUAUCUAAUCCGGGAGAGUGUCACUGCCGAGGGGGAUUUUGUGCUGUCGGUCAUUCAUAACGAACAACCUCAACAUUUUCAAAUACAGCGAUUCACUGAUUUGUUAUUUCAAAUAGACGAUGGCCCAAUAUUCCAAGGGUUGGACCAGUUGAUAACGUAUUAUAGCCAGGCUGCGAAUGGGCUGCCAACGAAGUUGACGAGAUUUUGUAAAGGCACCCAGCCUCCUUCCCAACUACGCCGGUACGGCCGUAACACCCCUUUACACAGAGCCACUCUUGAAAAAGAUGUAACAAGUGUACAAAUGAUAUUGAACGAUCCACAGCAUUCUGCUGUUGAUUCAAGGAACAUUUCAGGGAAAACUGCCCUCCAUAUCGCUUCAUACAAUGGUUGUGAUGACAUUGUAGACUUGUUACUAGAUGCAGGAGCUAAUGUCAACAGUAAAAGUAGUAGUUUUAUUACUGCAUUACAUUGUGCCUGUGCUGGUAACAGACCAAGUACUUGUAAGAUGUUAUUAAGUAAAGGUGCUGACCCAACAGAACGGCAUCCAACUACAGGCUGGGUGCCAUUGCAUGAAGCAGCUCAGCGUGGGCAUGUUGAAUGUGUUCGUACUUUGCUGUCAAUGAACGUACCAUGUAAUCCCAGAAGUUGUGAUGGAAAAACACCAAAAGACCUCGCUGAAAGAUAUGAAAAGCAAAGCUGUGUUACAAUUCUUGAGGAUUAUGUACCACCACCAGCUAGGACAUCACCAAGCGAGUGGCUGCAUGGUGAAUUGAGUCGCAGUGAAGCAGGCAACAUGCUGGAAAAAUUUCACCGUCAAGAUGGCCGCUUCUUAAUUAGACUGAGUAAAAAUAAAGGUGGCAUACCUGUAUUGACGAUGUGCAUGUUCAAAAUAAUCUAUAAUUUUGAGAUUGUACACAAAGAUGACAUGUAUUACAUAGAUGAUGGACCUUUAUUUCAAACACUGGAAAAUCUAGUGGAACACUAUACACGCUAUGAUGAUGGUUUACCUGGUAUGUUGGGUCAACCAGUUUCACCGAUUCAACGUGCAGUACCUGACAUGUAUAUGUAUGAACGAGAAACUAAACUUCUUCAAAAAAAACCUAUGCCUCCUAUACCACAACAGUCAGAAUCUGCACCAACAGCAAAACCAAGGAAAACAAAGCGUGAAAGUAAAAAAAUAAAGCACCCAGCCAAGAAACUAUUAUAUAUAGAUAUCAAAACAAUCAGCAUUGGUCGUGAGCUCGGUGAGGGAGAGUUUGGAGCCGUAUUGGACGGUAUGUGGACCAAAGAUAAUGGCUUAAGAGUGCAGGUGGCACUGAAGACAUUACGUGAUGAUAAUCUGUUGAGUAGUAAUGAGUUCUUCCGUGAAGCAGAGAUAAUGGCUGGAUUAAAUCACCCUUGUAUAGUGGAAUUAUAUGGAGUAGUUUCUGGUGCACGUAUGAUGAUAGUUCAAGAACUAAUAACAAUGGGAAGUUUACUAGAUUACUUGUUUGAUCAUAGAGCGGAUAUAAAGGAGAUUGAUUUCAAAACUUGGGCUGCUCAGAUUGCAUUUGGUAUGAUGUAUCUAGAGGAGAUGGGCUUUGUACACAGAGACUUGGCUACAAGAAACAUACUCCUUGCUGAUAGGACUAAGGCGAAAAUCAGCGAUUUUGGAUUGUCAAGAGCUGUUGGUAAGAACAGUAAUUAUUACAAAGCUUCAGCAGGUGGUCGUUGGCCUGUCAAAUGGUAUGCCCCAGAGUCGAUAUAUUUUGGUACUUUUUCACAUGCAAGUGAUGUUUGGAGUUAUGGUGUGACACUAUGGGAGAUGUAUUCAUUUGGUGACCAACCAUAUGGAGAGAUGAAAGGUGUUGAGGUUGUUGAAAUGCUGGAUGCUGGUGAGCGGCUUGAAAGACCAUCAAAUUGUCCACACAAAGUCUACGAUAUUAUGUUGAAAUGCUGGUCAAUGGACCCACAGAAACGACCAACGUUUUUCAAUCUCAACUCAAUCUUUACACAAGAUCCAGAGUAUGCUCCACUUUACGAAAGUGUUGUACCUGGCUAUAAAGCAACAACUAGGAUUCUUCAAUGCAAAUAAUUUUAUAUAUCUUGUUCUUCUGAUAAUAAUUAUUCACUGGGUUUUAUUUUCACUAUUUUAUUAAAUAAAUAAAAUCCAAUCACUCAAACCAAUGUAAACAAAGACAAAUUCAUUCCCAGUAAACAUAAAUAAAUAUCAAAAUAGUGAAAUUUAAGUGACAGGCUG